CAUUUCUGUCUCAGGCACAGGAAACCCUUAAACUCUCUCAGCCCAGCCCCAGUGCCUGCAAACACACUCACACACACCUUCAGCGCGCUCAAAGAGGAGAAUGGCUGUGCUUACACCGAGAAUGAAUGAGCUCUGGAAAAGGAUGGCUCUGGUUUUGGUAUUUGCCAUUCUUUUGCUUUACAGUUGUCAGGCCCAGGAUCCCCAAUUGACAAGUGCACCUGCGCCUAGUACCCCUGCAGAAUCAGAUCUAGCUAGCACCACACCCAAUGUUUUAGGAAAAACAGAGCCAGCACAACAAAGGAUUGCUAACCUUACUGAAAGUCCCAUCAUAGGUACGAGCCCUCUAGUAAUCACGACAGUCCCCUCUUCUCCUACCGUUGGUGCCACGAUCAUCUCCCAGACAUCAGCAGCACCUUCGUCAGUCAUCACUGCUAUGCCCAGGCCUCACCAAUCAGAAACCCCUGAAGUGGUCCAGUCCUCAGGCUCCGCUGAAGCUGAUGUGAAAAACAAAUUAAGAAUGGAGAACAGCCCCAUCUCAAAUCAGGAGUCAUUUUCGAAGAUAGACGAAGACAGAGCAAAGUCUUCUCCCGCUGUUUUAGUGUCUGUGCUGAUCACUGGCUUACUUCUUGCUGCCAUUAUAGUUGGCACAUACUAUUUUAAGUGCCAUCGCAGAACCAGUCCUAAAGGCGUAAAACUGGCUGAGUCAUUUAUAGCUGAUGAGGAGAACCAGGGCAACACUCUUGUGUCCAUGGCACCUCUGAACCAACCUGAGCUCCAGCAGAAGCCUAGUCUUAAUGGAGAGUCCCCAGAGACAGUGAAGACCCAAACCCCUCCAGCUGCCACCAAUGGUCACUCUACUACCAAGACGGCAGACACUGAGCUUUGAACAACCAUUUCUACCAUGGAGGGUCUGAGUGACAUGCUCAGUCCCUGUUACUUAAACCCUCAAUAUACUGCAUAUUGUAUAGCCCUUGGCCAACAGCAGGCACAAAGGGAGACCAAGUGAAGACUCAAAAUCCCUAAUUUUCAUGUAAAUACAAUCAAAAAUGUUCAUACAGAACAAGUAAACACUUCAAGAUACUUAAUGGAGUUAACAUAAUUGGUCAAGUAAUCAUCCUACCUAUCCAGCAAAUGUCCAAUAUAUGAACACGCUUAGUUUCUAAGUAUAUGAAAGAUCGUUGUAUGUUAUACCGUAAAAGCAGAAUGUUUAAAUGAGAUUGAUGAUUGGUAAUGAUGCCAGUUAUGACAGUAAUGAAUACGAUUAUGAUAGCAAUGACAUUUAUAAUAUGAACAUCAUGUAAUUAUGCAAAAGAACCAUUUUAGUCAAGAUGAGUUAUUGCUGGCUUCAAUGAGCACAGCCAGGGCUGGAAAAGAGGGAGGAGUCCUGAUUCUGUCCCAGUGGUCCACAGCUUUCAGCUGAGAUUAAAUCAAACCACACCAUAAAGGAUCACAGUGGAUGGGAAUUGUGUUCUUGUUUGUGAUGGGUUGUUUGUGUUUCUAGGCUGUAUGUCUAACGAAUCAAGUAUACUGAAAUGACUAUGUUCUAUAUGUUUGUCUUUGUGUACAAUAUUAUAUGACUAGUUAAUAGUCUUGUAAAAUGUUGUUAAUAUUAUUGUGUGACAAAGUAAUGAAUUUUGGAGUUUUUGAGCAGUUGUAAUAGUCCCUGGUGCAAAAUCUAAAAAAAAUAAAUAAAUAAUAAAAAAAUAAAAAAAUCAACGAUAACUCCAUUUCAUUGCUGCAAACAACCCACAAAGUAAAAUCCAACAGAUUGUUAAAGGGAUAUUUCACCAAAAAAUGAAAUUUUACUCCCAAAACCACAGGACUUUCUUUCUUCCAUGGAACAGGAAGGGAGAUGUAAGGCAAAAUGUUAGCCUAACUCAUCAAUGCUUUCAUUGUAUGGAAAAAAAAUGCAAUGAAAGUGAAUGAUGGCUGAGGCCAACAUUUUGCCUAAUAUCUCUUCUAACGUCUAAAGUGACAGAAUUUUCAUUUUUGAGUGGACUAUCUCUUUAAAUAUAUCGCAAAGCCCAUUAGCGCUCAGGGUGACAGCUUAAUGUUAUCUGAAUGAUGUUUGGAAUUUGAGACAUUUCUGGAUCGAGUUAUAGCUUCGCCAUUCUUUGUAAACCAGUAUUAUGCUCUUUUGUAAUAUUUUUGUUAUGGAUAUUUAGAUAUAGUGUUUAUGGACUGAAUGACUGACUUAAUUGUUUGAAUGACCUGCAAUGAUUAUUAAUUUUUUUUGGGGGGGGGGGGGCGGGUGAGAGUUUUUGUAUCUACAUUUGCUACUACACUGUAGUAAUAAGACUAAGAAAAACAUUACUAGUAACAGAAAGUUGUGACUGGAUUCAGCCAUGUGACCCUGGACCAGUUCCAUUAGUUUUUAUUCUCCGUUCUGUUUAUUACUGUAUAUCUUAGUAGAUUUGCUCAAUACAUUGAGGAACCACUGAGACAAUGGAAACAUUUUUCAAUUGUUUCAGUUUUUCCACCCCAAUUCUUUUAUAAUGACUUCAACUCCAGAAUGUUGUUCUUUAACUUAAAAUUUGUGGAUUACAAUUUGGUGCUAGAAUGACUGUACUUAAAUUAAAACAAUACAAAGUGGAAUUAUAUAUUUAAAGGCUGUUUAUUAAUUUAUAACUAUAUAUGCAUAUGAAUAUGAUUAAUUUUAGGGAAAAAAGUUGGUCUACAAGGAAGUCUUUACUCCAUUUUCCCUGUUUUUUAACAUUCCGGUGUUCCGUCAUAUUUUGGAUCAGUGUACUAGCAUUGUAUUAAACUGAUGUAUGUUUAAGAUAGGAAUAAAGUUUUAGAAAAUAAA